AUCCUUUUAAAAGGAAAAAAACGAUAGCACAAAAUUGUUUUUUUUUGUUCUUAUUUUUCUUCCUUUCUUUCUUAAAUUAUAAUAUAAACAUUAUAAAGUUUUAUUAUAAAAUUAAUAAGAUAUUUCAAAUCUUUAAUAAAAUAGAUCUAAUCAACAAAGUAAAUUUAAAAAACCAAAAAAAAAAUGUUAACAAAUAUUAGAGAAAAUGUUUCAAAAACAUUUUCACAUUUAACAACCGUCAUUAAUAAUCAUGUUACAGCGACCUGUGAUAGUGCAAAUAAAAUAACAAAACGCGAUGAAAAUCGUGGAAAACCAUGGACCUCCAAUUGGGAUUUUUAUGCAACUUGUUUUUGUCAUGCAUUUACUAUGAAACAUUUUUUAGUAUUUCCAAAAUUUAUGUUCCAUCAUUGGGCAUUUCUAGUUGUAUUCUUGGUUUCAUAUUUCGUAGAUUUAUUCAUUUUUACUCUACCGAUAUUUUUUAUCCAAGGAUUUUUGGGGCAAUUUUCAAGUAGUGGUUUUAUUUCUGCUUACCGAGCAGCACCAAUUGCUAAAGGUCUCGGUUAUGUAAUUUUAAUAUUAAAUGUGAUAACUUCCAGCUAUUAUAGUGUAAAUGCAGCUGUGCCAUUAAUAUUUUUUCUUAGCUCUUUCAAUACUGUUCUCCCAUGGACAACAUGUAAUAAUGGCUGGAAUACUAUUGACUGCAAAGAUGAUCCACCGAAAUUGCAUCCAGUUGCACUUAACUAUUAUUUCACAGGAAAAACACUAGCGUCAACUGAAUUUUUUUACAAAGCAAUCGCACAAGAGGACACAGAAGGAUGGCAAAUAUCUUGGAGGAUAUUUUUAAGCACAACGUUUGUUUGGAUUCUAAUUGGAAUCUUAGUUAUGAAGGGUGUUAAUAUUAUUUCCAAGUAUCUUAGAUAUGCAACAAUAAUAACAUUCAUCAUAAUGUUAAUAAUAUUUUUAAGAAUACUUUGUCUUCCUGGUACUAUUAGAACAUUCGAAAGAAUUAUAUUACCAAAAGAAUCAUUAUCAAAAAUGUCCUCGUCGUUACUGCCAUAUUCAACAAAUACAAUAAUAACAUCAUCAUCAUCAUCAGCAUCAUCAAAGUCAAUGACAUCAUCAUCAUUAUCAAGUUCAACAACACAAUCAAAUACACCAAUAACAAUUGUUAAUUUAUUUAUAACAUGGGUAUAUGCUGCAGCACCAGCAACAUUUGCAUUGGGUCCCGGUUGGGGUAGUAUUGUUACAAUGGCUAGUUUUAAUAAUUUUAAUGAAAAAUUAAAAAAAUUAACGUAUAAAGUUUGUUUUGGCCAUAUGCUCAUUAUAAUUAUUACAGGGAUGUCUACAUUUUUAGUUCGACGUUAUUUAGCCGAAUAUUACGAUUUUUUUUAUAAAUUGGGUGGUGUUAAUCAACUCGAUUAUGUUUAUACAGCAUUUCCAUAUUUUUUUGGUAAACUUGAAGUAUCACAAUUGUGGUCAUUAUUAUUUUAUGCCAUGUUGUUUUUGGCAGAAUUUUCAUCAUGUAUCAUUCAAAUUUUUGCUGUAAUAACUGCAUUAUUUGACGAACAUGAAAGUAUUAGGGUAAAAAGAAAAGAAAUUGUUAUCACAUUGUUAUUAGCUUUAUAUUUUUCUGCUUUAGUAUUUGCCACAAAUCGUGGAUUCUUGAUGUUUGCAUUACGCUACAGUAUUGAAGGUAUUAUACAAAUGUCAAUUUGUUUACUUGAAUUAAUGGCUAUCGUUUGGAUAUAUGGUCGAAUGAGAUUUCAGCGGGAUGUAUUCUUUAUGCUUGGAUUAAAUUUUAAAACUUGGAAAUUUUUUUCAAUAAGAUUUAUAACACCACUUGGAAUUAUUUUAGUAUUGAGCUAUUAUAUUAUUGUUGCCUGUAUUGAUGUAUUCGAUAAUAAACAAGUUUUGAAUCCAGCAUCAUUAAUAACAUUUAAACUUAUACCAUUUUUCAUAUUUAUUCCUGGCUAUAUUGUGAUAAAGUUAUUUCCAUUUAAUGACGAUAGAACAGCAAAAGAAAAAAUAAAAGAAUUAUUAUAUCCAACUGAUUGGUUUCCAGCUGAACCUGAAAUAUGUCAAAAAUAUAUUGAAGAAUAUGGUGCACCAGAAACACCUGAACCAAGCGAUAUUGUUGACUUAGAACCGCAAAUUAAAAUGACACAAAUCGGCAACGGUGAUCUAAGUCAAUUAAGAAGAAUAUCAGCUGAUGUGGAUAUUUGUAUUGAAUUUGAUAUUUAAGUUGGGAAAGAAAUUAAAUUGAAUUUAAAAUUUAAAUAAAAAGUAUAUGAAAUAAGUAAAUUAAGAUUAAAAGGCAUAAAACUUUAAAUGACAAGCAACAAAAAAAAUAUCAAUUUUAAGCAAAUUAACGCAUGGAUGGAAAGUACAGGAAUUAUUUCAUGUGAUUUUAUGAAGCGAGCAAUGGAAAUAAAUGAAUUUAAAAAGUAAUUUAUCAGAAAUCUCAAAAGUUUUUCGGAAUAAAUUUAAAAUAAUAAAUCAAAAAUAUAUUAAUUUUUUUUUGAUUUAAAAAGCAAAAUAUCAAAAGUGUUUUCGAAUGUUUGAAAAGUUAAAUAAAAAUAAAAGUUAAUCAAAAUUGAAGGCACAAAAGCUCUAUUCAAAAUAUUUUUUGUUAAAAUUAAUAUUUGAAAAAUAUUUUAGCUAUUUGAUUAAAUUUGAAUGAAUCAUAGAACGAAAUUUAAAACACUCAUAGCGUAUUUUAUUGUUUUUUCACGAAAAUUGCGAAAAACACGCAAGAAAUAUUAAUUAUAUCAAGCAUAAAGUAUAAAGCAACGUAAAUUACAUAAAUAAAUUUUUUAGUUAACCAGCAAACAUUUAUGUCAACAUAUAAUAAUUAAAACUUUCAUCGUAUUUUUACAUAAAUAUAGGCUGAGCAAAUAGUUGAAAGCCUUGCUAUUCUAAGCAGUAAACACUAUAUAUGUAUGUGUAUUUGACUAUAGUAUAAGUAGUUAUAUAAGACAAGAAAUUAAUUAAGUAACUUAAAUGAAAAUUAUUAAAUGUUUAUGUAUGUUCUAGUAUUUGCUAUCCAAAAUACCUAAAAGUAUGCAAUUUUCAAUGAAGCUAAAUAAUGUUGAAGAAAGUUUCAUAGCUUUUACGUUAAAUUUCAGAUUUUCUUACUUUAUAUUAGGUAUAGGGUGGUUUUUAGUGUACAGUUCUAUCCUUAAAGUUUGGAUAGUUUGAAUCCAACAAUAUUGCAUAAUUCAAGGAGCUUAGUGGAAAAAACAUUAAAAAAUUAUUGGUUUUUAAUUUCCUUAGCUAAAUUUUAUUUUUGUUUUUUUUAUACAUAUUUUUUUUUUUUCAUUUUUCUUUUUUGCAAUAAAAACAGGGGAAAAACUAAAAAAAGGACAUAAAAAAUGAAUCUUUUCUUAUUGGUUUUUUUUGUAUGCUGUUACGUAUAUGUGCUUGAUAUAAAGAAAAUAUAAAAAUUUACAAGUAUGGUAAGUAUGUGAUAAUGAAAGCGUCUUCAUUUUUUUUGUUGUUAUAAGCAAAAAAAUAUUUCAAUUUCUUUUUUUUUAAUUUUCUUUCCAAAAAUUGAAUUUUUAAUGCUGAUCAGAUUUUAGUGCAACAUAGUAAAUUUUGUGUUUUGUUUUUUCAUAUUUGGUCUAAAAAGCAGUUCUAUAUUAUCUUCAUUAAUUUCGUAUUUAAAUUUCAAAAUGAUGAGUUUUUUAAUGAAUUUAUAUUGUUCCUGGUGCUGGUUCCAAAU